GAGAAAUCUCAGCAAACGGUGGUCAAGACGACGCACCAUUUUUAAAAGAAAUCAAAAGAUCAGGAGGAAUAGCUAUAAAGCUGUGGUGAAGCUGUUUUGUUUUAGAGUUUGCUAAAAGUUAUCCAUGUUUUUAAAUAUUAGAGCCCGAAGCCAUUGUUGUUAUUAAUGCAGUUUAAACAAUGGAUUUUGAGGACCCAAGAUUUGAAUAUAUAUCAGAAUAUGUUUUAAAGACAUUUAAAUUAAAGCCAGAAAAGUGGUCUAAACUCGUUGGAAAUGAGGAAUACAAACAAAUAAUUUUAGAUUUUUUUGAAAAGACUGAUAAUUCUCAACUUAUAAUAUCUUUGUCUGGAUCUGGCUCACUGACUCCAUGCUACGUAUUUCCAGUUGUUGGAAAAAGCAAAUCCCUAUACUUUGUAAAGAGAGAGAAAAAAGAUCCAAUAGGGAAAGAUAGCUACAAAGGUUCUUUGUUAUUUGGAGAUUUGUCAUAUACACCACUGGAACAACUUUCUGCUCUGGUAGAUGAGAUACUGGUUCCUCUUUUAUCCAAUGAGAAAAAUCACGAAAGCUGGCCUGCAGUGGUGUCUCAAGAUGUCUUACGACAUGUACAUCAGCUAAAAAAUAAUGUGUUUGUUAUUGCUGGACAAGUUAAAGGACGUACACUUCUACCACUUCCAGUUGGUUCAGAAAAAAUACAACAAGAAAGCGAUCAUAAUAAUAAUGAUUUUGAAUACGAGGGAGUGGAUCGCAACCUAAUUCAUAGCAUUGAAUCGGUAGUAAUUGAUUGGACUCAUCAAAUCUCAAAGGUUUUGAAACAAAGUUCAGCACAACCACUUUUGGAAGGGUUAAAUCCAAACCCGUUGGUGGAGUUAGAUUUCUGGAAAGCUCGAGUUGUAAAUUUGGAAAGCAUUUUUGAUCAGCUUCGCCAUGUAAAAGUUCAAAAAAUGGCUGAAUUGUUGAGACGAACUGACAGCAGCUACUACAUAGCUUUUGUUAAGAUGUAUAAAGAAGCUGUAUUAGCACUUGAUGAAGCCAGAGAUAUCAACAUGCAUUUAAAGCCUGUAAGAAGACAUAUUGAGGAUCUUGAGCAAGCUGAAGUCCCCGAGAUGCAUAUGUUUUUACCUCCACUUCUGCAUAAUAUUGGUUUGCUGUGGGGAAAUUCAAAACAUUAUUGUAAGCCUGGUAGAAUUGUAGUUCUUUUACAGGAGAUUGGAAAUAUGUUGAUAGAAUUGGCUAGGAAUUACUUGGACCCUGCAGAAAUAUUCAAGGGUGAGUCUGAAGAAAGCAUGGAGAAAGUUGAAAUAACUAUUCGUGCUCUUAAAGAAUACAAAGAUCAGUUUGAAAACACACGUAACCAAAUUCAAACGUUUUUUAAGCCUGAUAUUUCGUUUAAGAAGUGGGAGUUUUCAAGUGAUCUGGUUUUCACAAGAUAUGACCAAUUUAUUAAGAGGCUUAACUUAGUUCAGGAUGUUUUUGCAACUGCGAUAGAAUUCAGUAAACUAGAGAAAGUUGAGAUUGGUGGCAUGAAAGGCAGAAUACUUAGUCAUGAUGUUGUUCAAAUAUUUGAUGAAUUUCAAGAAUAUUUUACUUUGUUUGCUAACAGCACAUAUGAUUCUCUUGAUGCCCAAAACAAGGCAUUUAUAAAAGAUUAUGUUGACUUCCGUCAUCAUAUUAAUGAUUUAGACAGUCGUUUAGCAGCCAUUAUCAACAAAGCAUUUGAUGAUUGCUCUGGUGUAGAAGCUUCUUUUAAGCUCAUUGAUAUAUUUGGUUCCUUGUUGGAUCGUCCUAUGAUUAAUUGUGAUUUUGAGACUAAAUACCCUGUGCUGUUAAAAAUGGUGGAAGUGGAACUUGAUAAAGCAAAGAUUGUAUUUGAUAAUAAAAUGGCACUGGAGGUUGAGAAUAAUGACCAAUUAGCUUCUGGAAAAAAUAUGCCUGUUGUAGCCGGUACAUUGCGUUGGGCACAACAAUUGCGACUGCGAUACCAAACUCCAGUUAAUAAUUUAAAAAUGUCUGUUAGUCCAAGGAUACUUGAAACUCCUGGUGCAAAAGUAAUUUUUAGCAAAUAUGAAGAAAUGAACAACUUGUUAAAUAGCUAUGAAGAAAAAAUAUAUGCAUCUUGGACUUCUGGUGUUGACGAUGUAUCAAAGCAAAACUUGGAUAAACCGUUAAUAGUUCGUGAUGAAAAAUCUAAGUUGAUUACAGUCAACUUUGAGCCCGAUUUGGUAGCUGUUUUGCGAGAAGUUAAAUACUUACAAAUGGCUGAAAAUGAAUCUCUAGAAUCCAUUCCAGACAGUGCAACUAAAGUGUUUUCUCGAAAUGAAGAGUUUCAUAGAUACUGUGCCAAUCUUGAUCUUAUUGUUGCAUGGUACAACAAGAUUCGUAGUACAGUUCUUGAUGUUGAGUAUCCUUUAAUAGAGUGCCAAUUAAUGAAUAUUGAUGAACAGUUGAAACGUGCUGAGAAUGACUUAAAUUGGAACAGUGACGGUAUAUGGGAGUAUGUUGAACAGACUCGUGAUAUGGUCCAUGUGUUAGAAAAAAAUGUUCAAUCUGCCAAAACUAAUGUGGAAAUGAUGAAUGCUUUAAUGGCUAAAUGGAGUUUAUCAGCUUUGUAUGAUAGAAAAGAUGGAAAAAAAGAUACACUGCUUAACAUUGAGGAGAAAGAAAGUACAAUGAAAAGACGAUAUGCUGUUGUCACAGAAGGUGGCGAAAAAAUCUCAGCGCUUGUCUCUGAAAAUGCCACCUUCUUUGGAGCUAAUGUUGAAACAAAUAAUUGGAAAGCAUACAUAGAAUACCUUGAUGAAAUGGUUGUGGAGGGUUUUUUUCAAUGCAUACUCUGCUCAUUGACAUAUUUUCUCAACAGCACUGAUGUAAAACAAUGUCUAUUUCCACUUUUUGAAGCUAGACUUGAACUUCAAGCACCUGACAUGGUGUUUGUGCCAUCAUUAGAUUUUAAUUCAAAUGGUGGAUUUUUUGAUCUAAUUGAAGAUUUACUAAGUGACGUAUACCAACAGUCAGUGUUAGUGAAGCGUCUUGCUUAUCACUAUGAUCAUGAAAAUUACCUGCCUGAUAUGGAAGAAGUUGAUGAAUUGUCAGAAAUGCGUCAGGAAAUUUUAGAUCGUGUUUCUAAUGUCAUGAACAAAGCAUCAGAAUAUAGAAAUUCUUUUAAUGUUUACGAAUACCUUUGGGUUGACGAUCGACACGAGUUUAUGCAACAAUUUCUUUUGUAUGGCCAUGUACUUACUCCUGAAGAAAUUGAGCAACACGCUGAAGAAAGUGUUCCUGAAUGUGCUCCAACUUUAGAACAGUUUAAGGAACAGAUUGAUACUUAUGAAAAAAUUUACGCUCAAGUGGAGGAAAUUAAUGCUGUCUGCGUGUUUGAUUGCUGGUUUAGAGUGGAUGCCAAACCUUUUAAGCAAGCACUGCUUAACAUUGUUAAACGAUGGAGUUUUAUGUUUAAGCAGCAUCUUAUUGAUCAUGUUACCAACAGUUUACAAGAUUUAGCAGGCUUCAUUAAAACAGCAGAUGCUGGUCUAACGAAACCAGUUGAAGAAGGAGACUACGAUGGUCUUGUUGAAUGUAUGGGACACUUAAUGGCUGUUAAAGACAGGUCAGCAUCAACCGAUGCUUUAUUUGAACCACUCAAGCAAUCCAUUGAAUUGCUGAAAUUAUAUGAUCAAGAGCUCAGUGAAGAAACUCACUCCCUUCUCCAGGAACUACCUGAGAAAUGGAAUAACACUAAAAAGAUUGGACAGACAGUUAAACAGCAUGUUGCCCCCUUACAAGCAACAGAAGUAUCUAUUAUCAGGAGAAAGUGUACUGCUUUUGAUGUUCGACAACAUGAAUUUAGAGAAGAGUUUCGUAAGACAGCUCCAUUAUCUUUCGCUUCCGAUGAUGUGUACAAUCGUAUUGAUAUGUGGCAUGCAAGAACAGCUGAACUCGAAAAUGAAAUGGCCGCACUUUCUGAAUCAGCCGGCCUGUUUGAAGUAAACAUACCUGAUUUUAAACAACUGAAAGCAUGUCGUAGAGAGGUGAUCAUGCUCAAAAUGCUUUGGGAUAUGAUUGGACUUGUUUUAAGCAGUAUUCAUGACUGGAAAAAAACUUUAUGGUUUGACAUUGACGUUGAAAAUAUGGAAAUGGAUUGUAAGAAAUUUGUGAAAGACAUCCGUUCACUUGACAAAGAAAUGAGGGCAUGGGAUGCUUUCAAUGGUUUGGAUUCCACUGUUAAGAAUAUGAUGACCUCUCUGCGAGCUGUUGGUGAACUGCAAAAUCCAGCUAUACGAGAAAGGCAUUGGGAACAGCUCAUGCAAGCAACUAAGGUCCAAUUUUUAAUGGAUGAAGACACUUGUCUUGCAGACCUACUGGCAUUAAAUCUUCAUAAUUUUGAAGAAGAAGUUCGAAAUAUUGUAGACAAAGCUACGAAAGAGUUAAGCAUGGAAAAAGUGUUGGCUGAAUUAAAUAACACGUGGUCGGUGAUGGAAAUCGAGUAUGAACAGCACUAUCGUACAAAAAUAUCUCUGUUAAAACCUAGUGAAGAACUGAUUGAAACUCUUGAAGAUAACCAGGUUCAACUUCAAAAUUUAAUGACGUCCAAGUAUAUUGCCCAUUUUUUAAAAGAAGUCUCCACCUGGCAAAAACAGUUAUCCACUGUUGAUGUUGUUAUCACAAUUUGGAUGGAAGUACAGCGUGCAUGGUCACAUUUAGAAAGUAUUUUCAUUGGCUCUGAUGACAUCAGGUCACAGUUGCCAGAAGAUUCUGCAAGAUUUGAUGGAGUAGACGCCGACUUUAAGGAACUUGCUAUUGAUGCAGCGAGAACACCGAAUGUUGUUACAUGCUGCACCAAAGCUGGUCUUUAUGAGAAACUUGAAGAUAUACAAGCGAGAUUAAGUAAAUGCGAAAAAGCAUUAGCCGAAUAUCUUGAAACAAAAAGACUAGCAUUUCCUAGAUUCUACUUUGUUUCACCUGCUGAUUUGCUUGACAUUCUUUCAAAAGGAAACCAACCUCUUGAGGUUUGCAAUCAUCUAGCCAAGCUAUUUGACAACAUGGCAUCAUUGGAGUUCACCAAAAAAGAUGAUGGUUCUUGUACCAAAGAAGCGAUUGGCAUGUAUAGUAAAGAAGGAGAAUAUGUACAGUUUAGCAAACCUUUUAUGUGUACGGGACAGGUUGAAGUGUGGCUAAUGACAUUGCUUAAGUGCAUGCAAUCCACGAUCCGGCAUGAGUUGUCAGAAGGUGUUGUGUCGUAUGAAGAAAAGCCCAGAGAUCAGUGGUUGUUUGACUAUCCAGCACAAGUUUCUCUUUGUGGCACUCAAAUCUGGUGGACAACUGAAGUUGGUAUUUCUUUCAGCAGACUAGAAGAAGGUUAUGAAAAUGCUAUGAAGGAUUAUAACAAAAAACAGAUUCAUCAACUCAAUACUUUAAUCACACAUUUAAUUGGUGACCUGACGCCAGGUGAUCGGCAGAAAAUUAUGACCAUAUGUACAAUUGAUGUACAUGCUCGAGAUGUUGUGGCAAAAUUAAUUUCGCAAAAAAUCGACAAUUCCCAAGCAUUUUUAUGGUUAAGUCAAUUGCGGCAUAGAUGGGAUGACAAUAGUGGACAUUGUUAUGUUAAUAUUUGUGAUGCACAAUUCACCUAUUCUUAUGAAUAUCUUGGAAACACUCCUCGACUCGUCAUUACACCAUUGACUGAUAGAUGUUACAUCACGUUGACUCAGUCACUUCAUUUAAACAUGAGUGGCGCCCCCGCAGGUCCAGCUGGUACUGGCAAAACUGAAACAACCAAGGAUUUAGGUCGUGCACUUGGUAUCAUGGUCUAUGUCUUUAAUUGCUCUGAACAGAUGGACUAUAAGAGUUGUGGAAAUAUCUACAAAGGUCUUGCUCAAACAGGAGCUUGGGGUUGUUUUGAUGAGUUCAAUCGAAUUUCUAUUGAAGUGCUCUCCGUGAUUGCAGUACAAGUGAAAUCAAUACAAGACGCUAUUCGUGAUAAAAAGAAGAGAUUUAUCUUCCAAGGAGAAGAGAUUUCAUUGAUUCCAACUGUUGGUAUAUGGAUUACAAUGAAUCCUGGUUAUGCCGGACGAACAGAGCUUCCAGAGAAUCUUAAAUCACUUUUCAGACCUUGUGCUAUGGUUGUUCCUGAUUUCGAGCUUAUUUGCGAAAUUAUGCUGGUGGCAGAAGGUUUUGUGGAAGCAAGACUACUUGCUCGAAAAUUUAUCACGUUAUACACUCUUUGCAAGGAAUUGUUAUCAAAGCAGGACCACUAUGAUUGGGGUCUUCGUGCUAUCAAGUCAGUCUUGGUAGUUGCUGGUGCGUUAAAAAGAAGUGACAAAGGUAGACCAGAAGAUCAAGUGCUAAUGAGAGCAUUGCGUGACUUUAACAUUCCCAAAAUUGUAACUGACGAUCUGCCUGUGUUCAUGGGAUUAAUUGGUGAUUUGUUUCCAGCAAUGGAUGUGCCAAGGAAAAGAGAUAUGGAUUUUGAAGCAGAAAUCAGACAAGCCGUGGUGGAUCUUAAACUGCAGCAAGAAGACAGCUUCGUUUUAAAAGUUGUCCAACUUCAAGAACUACUUGAAGUACGCCACUCAGUGUUCGUCAUUGGAGCUGCUGGUACCGGAAAGUCGCAGGUGAUUAAAACGCUAAACAAGACAUACCAGAAUCAGAAAAAGAAACCUCAUUUGAUGGAUAUGAAUCCAAAGGCUGUCACAGCUGAUGAAUUGUUUGGCUAUAUAAAUCCAGCAACACGAGAGUGGAAAGAUGGUUUGUUUUCUGUGGCUAUGAGAGAUCUCGCUAAUAUAUCAAGCAAUUCACCGAAAUGGAUUGUUCUUGAUGGAGACAUCGACCCCAUGUGGAUCGAAUCUUUGAAUACUGUCAUGGAUGAUAACAAGGUGUUGACAUUGGCCAGCAAUGAACGUAUACCGCUUUCACCAUCUAUGAGAUUGAUUUUUGAGAUUGGGGAUUUAAAGACAGCCACGCCCGCUACUGUAUCUCGUGCUGGUAUCCUGUUUUUAAAUUACGCUGAUGUUGGAUGGAAUCCGUAUGUGCAAAGCUGGAUUGAUAGAAGAGAGGUGCAGUCUGAAAAAGCAAACUUGCAAAUUCUUUUUGACAAAUAUGUUCCAUCUUGUUUGGAUACACUGCGUGUUCGCUUCAAAAAGAUAACACCUAUCGUGGACAUCAGCAUGAUUCAGAUGUUGUGUUAUCUGUUAGAAGUGCUUUUGACACCUGAAAACACCCCUCCGGAUUCCAGCAAGGAAUUAUAUGAGCUGUAUUUCAUUUUUGCUGCAAUUUGGGCAUUUGGUGGAAGCAUGUUUCAAGACCAGUUGACAGAUUAUCGUGUGGAGUUUUCGAAAUGGUGGACUACUGAAUUCAAAACUAUCAAGUUUCCUUCCGCUGGUACUGUGUUUGAUUAUUGUAUCGAUCCAGAAACGCAUAAAUUUGUCCCGUGGUUGGAAAAAGUGCCAGAGUUUAUGUUCGAUCCUGAAAUGCCCUUACAGGCUGUUUUGGUGCACACUGCAGAGACAAUACGAAUCCGUUACUUCAUGGAUCUAUUAAUGGAAACGAAGCGUCCCAUCAUGCUCGUUGGUAAUGCUGGCUGUGGCAAGACAGUCUUAGCAGGAGAGAAAUUUUCCUCUUUAGAUCCUGAUAAAAUGUUAGUGACCAACGUACCGUUUAAUUAUUACACAACAUCUGCCAUGUUGCAGCAAGUGCUGGAAAAACCUUUGGAGAAAAAGGCAGGACGAAAUUAUGGUCCACCUGGUGCUAAACGUUUGGUCUACUUCAUCGAUGACAUGAACAUGCCAGAAGUCGACACGUACGGAACUGUCCAACCUCAUACGUUGAUCAGACAACAUUUAGAUUACAGCCAUUGGUACGACAGACAAAAAAUUACAUUGAAAGAAGUUCAUAAUUGUCAAUAUGUUGCCUGUAUGAAUCCUACUUCUGGUAGUUUCACAAUAAAUCCUCGCUUACAGCGUCACUUCUGUGUGUUUGCCAUCAGUUUUCCUGGUGCUGACGCUUUAAAGACAAUUUACUUAAACAUUUUAAAUGGACACAUGGCAUCGUCUGAAUUUCCACCAGCUGUCUCAAAAGUAGGAGAACGCCUCGUUGAAGCCGCAGUCGCUUUUAAUACAAAGAUUACAAGUUCAUUUUUACCUACGGCAGUAAAGUUUCAUUACAUUUUUAAUUUGCGAGAUUUAUCAAAUAUAUUUCAGGGUAUUUUAUUUUCAACAAAAGAAUGUAUCAAGUCUCCUGUUGAUUUGGUUCGAAUAUGGAAUCACGAAUGUGACCGGGUUUACUGUGACAAAUUUCUUGACAUCAAAGAUAUAGAACUCUACGACAAGUUACAAUCCGACUUCAACAAAAAAUUGUUUGAUGACAUGGAUGAGGAAGCUUUGAACAAGAAGCCCCUUCUCUUCUCGCAUUUUGCUGGUGGUAUUGGAGAACCGAAGUAUUUACCUGUGUCUGGUUGGGAUGAACUGUCAAAGCUUCUCACUGAAGCACUUGAUAGUCACAAUGAAAUUAAUGCGAUUAUGAAUUUAGUGCUAUUUGAAGAUGCUAUGUGCCACAUCUGUCGUAUUAAUCGCAUUCUCGAGUCGCCACGUGGCAAUGCAUUGUUAGUCGGUGUUGGUGGGAGCGGCAAACAAAGUUUAGCCCGUCUUGCUGCUUAUAUCAGCGCCCUUGAGGUAUUCCAGAUCACGCUGAGGAAAGGUUACAGUAUAGCGGAUUUGAAGAUUGAUUUGGGCAUGUUAUGUCAAAAAGCUGGCGUGAAAAACAUUGGGACUGUUUUUCUUUUAACGGAUGCUCAAGUCCCAGAGGAGCACUUUCUCGUCUUAAUUAACGAUCUGCUGGCUUCUGGUGAAGUGCCAGGCUUGUUUGCUGACGAUGAGAUAGAGAACAUUAUCAGUGCUGUACGAAACGAAGUGAAAGGUUCUGGAUUACAAGACACCCGCGAGAACUGCUGGAAGUUCUUUAUUGAACGCGUGCGUCGCCAACUAAAAGUUGUCCUCUGCUUUUCGCCUGUCGGAAACACUCUUCGUGUCAGAAGUCGUAAAUUCCCUGCUGUCACUAAUUGCACUGCUAUUGACUGGUUCCACGAGUGGCCGGAAGAAGCGUUGGUGUCUGUUAGCAGGCGCUUUUUAGAGGAAACAGAACAAGUUUUGCCAGACCAGAAGAAUUCGGUUGCAGAAUUUCUUGCGUUCGUGCAUACAAGCGUCAACGAGAUGAGUCAAAAGUACCUGAAUAACGAACGAAGGUACAACUAUACAACGCCCAAGAGUUUUCUUGAGCAGAUUAAACUCUAUCAGAAUCUUGUGAAGAAAAAGAGCAAGGAGUUACACCAGAAUAUGGAGCGGUUGGAAAACGGCUUGACUAAAUUGCAGAGCACGGCGUCUCAAGUUGAUGAUUUAAAGUCUAAGUUGGCCUCGCAAGAAAUCGAACUGGCUCAAAAGAACGAAGAUGCAGACGCUUUGAUUGAAAAAGUGGGCGUAGAAACCGAGAAAGUCAGUAAGGAGAAAGAAAUUGCCGACGAUGAAGAGAAAAAAGUAGCUGUCAUUGCUGAAGAAGUCGGAAAGAAGCAAGUGGAUUGUGAAACUGAUUUAGCUAAAGCUGAACCGGCUCUUAAGGCAGCUGAGGAGGCUUUAAACACUUUGAACAAAAACAAUCUAACUGAAUUGAAAUCUUUCGGUAGUCCGCCAACAGCUUGUGUAAACGUCACUGCUGCAGUUAUGUGCUUGCUUGCUCCAGGCGGUAAAGUACCUAAAGACAGAAGUUGGAAGGCUGCUAAAGUAAUGAUGGCCAAAGUUGAUCAGUUUUUAGAUCAGCUGGUUCAUUACGACAAAGAGAACAUUCCGGAUACUUGCUUGAAAGCUGUGCAGCCUUACUUGGAUGAUCCAGAGUUUAACGCGGAGUUUAUCAAGGCCAAAUCUGGAGCAGCUGCUGGUUUAUGCGCAUGGGUUAUCAAUAUUGUUAUGUUUUAUAAUGUAUUCUGCGAUGUGGAACCGAAACGAAAAGCUUUAGCUGCGGCUAAUGCUGAGCUAGCUGCUGCUAUGGAGAAGCUAGCCAAAAUUAAAGCGAAAAUACAGGAACUGGAUGAUAAUUUAGCCGAACUGACAGCAUCGUUUGAAGAAGCCACAAGUGCUAAGUUAAGAUGUCAACAGGAAGCUGACCGAACCGCUAAAACAAUUGAGCUGGCGAAUCGCUUAGUCGGCGGGCUAGCCUCUGAGAAUAUUCGUUGGGCAGACUCUGUUGCGAAAUUUAAAGAACAGGCGUUAACACUCCCUGGUGACGUGUUACUGAUUACGGCGUUUAUUUCUUACGUCGGAAGUUUCUCGAAAGUAUAUCGGGAAGAUUUGAUCGGAAAUAAGUUAUUGGAAUUUCUUAAACAACAAAAGGUCCCAAUCCCAAUCACUGAAGGUUUGGACCCGUUAUCACUCCUGACUGAUAAUGCUAUGAUUGCGCAAUGGAACAAUGAAAAUCUUCCUAGUGACAGAAUGUCAACCGAAAAUGCCACUAUUCUGCUUAAUGCGGAGCGCUGGCCCUUGAUGAUUGAUCCUCAGUUACAAGGUAUUAAAUGGAUCAAAACAAAAGAAGGAGACUCAUUAAAAAUUGUUAGACUUGGACAAAAAGGUUAUCUGGAGAUGAUAGAGUCUGCUGUAAGCAACGGAGAUUGUGUGUUGAUAGAAAGUAUUGGUGAGACCCUGGAUCCAGUGCUAGACCCUAUACUCGGCAGAAAUACAAUCAAGAAAGGCAGAUAUAUCAAGCUUGGUGAUAAAGAAAUUGAAUAUCAUCCGAACUUUCGUCUGAUCCUUCAAACUAAACUUGCCAACCCCCAUUACAAACCAGAGAUGCAAGCCCAGACGACUCUUAUAAACUUCACUGUCACUCGGGAGGGUUUGGAAGACCAACUUCUGGCAAAUGUUGUAGCAAAGGAAAGACCUGAUUUGGAAGAAAAUAAGGCUCAACUAACACAGCAGCAAAAUCAAUUUACUAUUACAUUAAAAGAACUAGAAGAUUCACUCCUAGCCCGUUUAUCAGCGGCAGGUGGUAACUUCUUAGGCGAUUACGAAUUGGUGGAAAACUUAGAAACCACAAAACGUACGGCUGCCGAAAUUGAGUUGAAAUCAAAAGAGGCUAAAGUUACAGAAAUUGAAAUCAACGAAGCUCGUGAGAUGUACAGACCAGCAGCCGCUAGAGCCUCGUUACUCUACUUUAUUCUGAACGAUCUGAACAAAAUUAAUUUAAUCUACCAAUUUUCACUAAAGGCAUUUAGUGUGGUGUUUGAGAAAGCUAUCGAAAAAGCUGAAGUGUCAGAUGAAGUAAAGCAGCGCGUUAUCAACCUUAUCGACUGUAUCACAUUUAGUGUAUUUGUUUACACCACUCGAGGUUUGUUCGAGAAAGACAAACUGAUUUUUAUGGCGCAAGUGGCUUUUCAAAUUCUCCUAAUGAAGAAAGAAAUCGAUCCUGCAGAGCUCGAUUUUCUUCUACGUUUUCCAGCUGUAAUGAAUUUAAGCAGUCCUGUGGAUUUCCUUUCAAAUUUGUCAUGGGGAGGAGUAAAGGCAUUGAGUACAAUGGAAGAGUUUCGCAAUUUGGAUCGCGAUAUUGAAGGGUCGGCAAAACGUUGGAAAAAGUUCAUUGAAAGUGAAUGUCCAGAAAAAGAAAAGUUCCCGCAGGAAUGGAAGAAUAAAACUUCGCUACAAAAACUCUGCAUGCUGCGCGCAUUUAGACCGGACAGAAUGACUUAUGCGAUCAAAAACUUUGUUGAAGAGAAAAUGGGAACGAAAUACGUGGAAGGAAGAUCUAUUGAGUUCGCUGUGUCGUAUGAAGAAAGUGGACCCGCUACGCCCAUCUUCUUUAUUCUUUCUCCUGGUGUGGAUCCUCUGAAAGACGUCGAAGCUCUUGGUCGAAAGCUGGGAUUUACAACAGAUAACAAGAAUCUACACAGCGUGUCGCUUGGACAGGGACAAGAAAUUGUGGCAGAAAGAGCGUUAGAUCUGGCGUCGAAAGAAGGACAUUGGGUGGUUUUACAGAAUAUUCAUCUUGUGAAGAAAUGGCUCUCCACACUAGAGAAGAAGAUGGAAGCUUACAGCACAGGUAGCAACGAAAACUACCGCCUGUACAUGUCUGCUGAACCAUCGCCGACAAGAGAGGGCCAUAUUAUACCGCAGGGUAUUCUAGAGGUGUCAAUUAAAAUCACUAAUGAGCCCCCCACUGGAAUGAUGGCAAAUGUGCACAAGUCUCUGGAUAAUUUUACACAGGAAACUUUAGAAAUGUGUGCGCGUGAAAACGAGUUCAAGAGUAUUUUAUUUUCAUUGUGUUAUUUCCAUGCUGUGGUUGCAGAGCGGAGAAAGUUUGGUCCUCAGGGUUGGAAUCGAAGUUACCCUUUCAACACAGGAGACUUAACCAUCAGUGUCUAUGUGUUGUAUAACUAUUUGGAAGCCAACUCAAAGGUACCAUGGGAGGAUUUGCGAUAUUUGUUCGGUGAAAUCAUGUACGGUGGACAUAUCACAGACGACUGGGAUCGACGUUUGUGUCGCACCUAUCUAGAAGAAUACAUGAAACCUGAUAUGUUGGAUUCUGAGUUAUAUUUGGCGCCCAACUUUUUACUUCCGCCAAAUAUGGACUACAAAGGUUAUCACAGUUACUUGGAUGAGAACUUGCCACCAGAAAGUCCGAAUCUCUACGGAUUACAUCCCAAUGCAGAAAUCGGAUUUUUAACAGCUACGUCAGAGAAUCUGUUCAAGACAAUUUUAGAGUUGCAACCGCGUGAAUCGGGUGGUGCUGGAGGUGGUGGUCAAACUCGCGAAGAGAGAGUAAAACAAGUUCUAGACGAAAUCUUAGAAAAAUUACCGGAAGAGUUCAAUAUGAUAGAAUUGAUGGGCAAAACUGAGGAGCGAACCCCAUAUACUGUCGUGGCUUUACAAGAAGCUGAUCGCAUGAACUCGCUGACGAACGAAAUGAAGUUAACUCUCAAAGAACUGGACCUUGGCCUGAAGGGUGAACUCACGAUCACGAAUGCAAUGGAGGAAUUGGGAAAUGCUUUGUACUUUGAUGAAGUUCCUGAGUCGUGGAAUAAAAAGGCUUAUCCUUCCAUGCAAGGUUUAGCCGCUUGGUUUGUUGAUUUGCUUCAACGUAUUAAAGAGUUGGAACAAUGGACGACUGAUUUCAAUCUGCCCAACGUUGUGUGGCUUCCAGGAUUGUUUAAUCCGCAAUCUUUCGUUACCGCUGUUAUGCAGUCAAUGGCUCGUAAAAACGAGUGGCCGCUUGACAGAAUGACCUUGCAGGUCGAUGUUACGAAAAAGAAUCGAGACGAUUUCAACGCUCCACCCAGGGAAGGGGCAUAUAUACAUGGUUUAUUCAUGGAAGGCGCUAGGUGGGAUGUCCAAACAGGGAUGAUAGCUGAGUCAAGAUUAAAAGAGCUCACUCCGGGCAUGCCUGUCAUAUUUGUAAGAGCUAUACCUGUCGAUAAGCAAGACAAAAAAAAUUCGUACGAAUGUCCUGUGUACAAAACACGGCAACGUGGUCCAACUUAUGUAUGGAACUUCUUUUUAAAGACAAAAGAAAACCCGGCCAAGUGGGUUUUAGCCGGCGUCGCCUUGCUGCUGAGUGCUUAACUUUUAUGUUGUUUAUUUAUUAGAAUUGUUGUAUAUAUAAAAUUGACUGUCGUUAAGAAAAAGAGCCCUAAGAAUCUCCCCCAGCUUGCAGAAAAAAAUUAGUCACUUUUGUAUUUAUCCGCAAUAUUAUUGUGUAAAUAUAGACCGCUGUUUUUUAUAGUUCCGAAAAUGUUCCUGAAUCAUAUUUUUGAGUUUUUUUCCAUGAAUUUAUUUGUAUAUAAAAAGAAUAGUAGUAUUAAUAUAUUUAAAAUCAA